CCAUUUAGCUUCUAAUAGCAGCAGAAGCAGCCUCGAGAACUACAGCUGGUCCACCACAGGGAGAAAGAGGGAGCUUGCCUCUAAGACAAGCCCUAACCAUAGCCCAGGCACCCAGAAAGGGAGACAGCAGGCUAGCAUCAGUGUGACUAAAGAGCAACCAGCACAAGAAGCAUCAAAGAUCGAUCACCAACUGGACACAAAGGAGAAAUCAAGAAGCUGAGCUAGAGAUCGGUAACAAUAAUCCAGCUUCCAGCCACACUUGAAAGACAAUUCCUUGGUGAUCAUGGCAGACAAAAACUGAAGAAUAUUUAUCAGAUUUAUUUAUCCUCAGGUUUUCUUUCUUCAUUGUGUCUCCCAUACAUUUAAAAACAUGCCUGAACAAAGCAAUGACUACCGGGUGGUGGUGUUUGGAGCAGGAGGCGUUGGCAAAAGCUCACUGGUCUUGAGGUUUGUAAAAGGCACUUUCAGAGACAGUUAUAUCCCUACAAUUGAAGAUACCUACAGGCAGGUGAUCAGCUGCGAUAAGAGCAUAUGCACUUUGCAGAUUACUGACACAACAGGGAGUCAUCAAUUUCCUGCCAUGCAGCGUUUGUCUAUUUCCAAAGGACAUGCUUUCAUUUUGGUCUAUUCUAUCACCAGCCGGCAGUCCUUGGAGGAACUCAAACCUAUCUAUGAAGAGAUUUGUCAGAUUAAAGGGGAUAUAGACAGCAUUCCAAUCAUGCUGGUGGGGAACAAGAAUGAUGAGAAUCAUAAUCGAGAGGUCCAGACUAGUGCUGGAGAAGCCAUGGCCAAAAAAUGGAAGUGUGCUUUUAUGGAAACUUCUGCCAAGACAAACUACAAUGUAAAGGAGUUAUUCCAAGAGCUUCUGAACUUGGAAAAACGCAGGACUGUGAGUUUACAGAUUGAUGGCAAAAAAAGCAAGCAACAGAAAAGGAAAGAGAAGCUGAAAGGCAAGUGUGUCAUCAUGUGAAAACAGCAAUCAUUUCAGUUCCUGAGUCCUGACUGAACCAGGUUUCAGGCCUGUAGACAAUGAGAAACAUGUAAGACUAUUUAAUUAAUGUUUUGAAAGAAAUGUAGUAGACUUAAAAAUGAUGUGGGGUAAAAGAAUUAUAGCCUUUUUAUAAAUUCUCCAUUGACAAAAAACAGUACUGAACAACCAGUGGCAUUUAUUUCAAAAUCAUAGAAAACAGCACAUUUGUAACUAUGCUAUGCUGUGUAUAGAAUUAUGAAAGAUGUAUUCAUUUAUGAUAAUAACAUUUGGAAAACUCCUC